AUGGGGUCAUCGCCUUCUGAACCAAGCUCUGAGUCUAGUGAGAACUCACCAAGGUCAGGCUCAUAUGGCUCUCUAGCGGUGGAAGAAGGGCGAAAGUGUGAUACCCCGUAUCAAGACCUAAAACAUCCCAAAGGCCGGGAUGGGAAGAUCAACACUCUGGGAUUGGAAGACAAAGACGUGGGAUCUAAACCAGAGAUCACAACGAAGACUUGGAUCAAGACAGGAUCAAGAACGAUCGAGCAGAAGUGA